AUGCAGAUGCCAGAGUGCUACUUCUACGGGUUGCUGCUCUUCUCCAGGAACACCCUGGUGGCGCUGAUCCCUUUGAUGUUCAUCGGCUUUCCGUCCUUCCAGGUGCUCCUCAUGGGAUGCCUCUUCCUCGCCAGCACGGUGUUGCAGAUCCGCACUUGGCCCUGGCGCACAUGGGGGGCCAACUGGUCCGACACCUUCGUUCUGGCCUUUCUACAGGUGGUUCUGCUGGCCGUGAGCCCCCUGCUGGAGAUGGACCAAGAACGCUCCGCCAGGGUCAUGGGCUGGCUGAUGACCAGCGCGGUGAUGCUCUGUCUCAGCGCAGGAGUGGGCUCGUCCCUCAUCGUGUUGCUGAAACGCUGGUACAACCGGGCCGCCUACGGCCUGUUCCUGUGCCACCACAAGCGAGGCGCCGGGAGCUUCUGCCGGCUCAUCAAGGUGCUGGCGGCGCAGAACAGUGCCGCGACGGUUUUUCUGGACUCGGACCACCUCGAGGACUUGGAUUUGCUCUUCGAUAUCGUCCGCUGCCAGACGAGGACUCUGGUGGUGGUCCUCUCCGGGGACGUGCUGCGAAGGAUGUGGUGCGCCGGAGAGAUCGCCACUGCGAACAAGAACAAGGUCCGCACGGUGAUGCUGAAGUGCGAGGACUCCCAGCAGCUCUCAGAGGAGCUGAUCCGCGACAUCCCGAGCUCCUGGCGGCAAGCGGAACGGCAGACGCUGUCGUCCUACGGUAUCUCCAUGGAGGAUAUCCAGGAGGCCUACCGCACGCUCCGGGACCUGCCCUCGGUGCAGAUGCGCCGCUUCGGGCGGCCGCAGGAGCGACGGGAGAAGGUGAUUGAGCUGCUCCGAGUGAGCCAGGUGACUCGAAACAUGCUCACGGGCAGCGGCGAGAUGGAGAUGAAGAAGCAGCGGGCGAGGAUUCUGGUGACCGGCUCCGUGAUGGAUGCGGAGGCGCUGGCGGCUUGUGAGGUUUUCCAGGUCUUAGUGCAGCAGCACAUCCAGGUAGAGUGCGCGAUGGUCACCAAGCGCGGCGAGCUCAUGGCGCGAAGACCAUGGGCGCGAUACCUGGCGGUUCUGCUCUCCGGGGACAUCCUCACGGAUCCCGGCUUCGCUCGCAUUUUGCUGGCGGACGCGGAGUGCGAGAAGCCUCUGGAGAUGGUCACCAUCUGCGCGGACGCGGACUUCGCGUUCCCCAACUCGGUCUUUUACAAGGAGUUGGAGCAGCAGGGCUUCGUGGCCGCGGGGAUCUCGCCCUCCGAGGGCUGUGCCCUGGUGAAGGCCUGGAAGUCCCUGUGCCAGGUGCUGGCGCUGCCGCUCACGCCCCAGGGCUCCGAGCGGAUCUUGGGGGAGCAGGUGGUGGAGAUCUGCCGCCGCUUCCGGCACUAUCAGGAUGCCUUGAAGGGGCAUGGCCAAGACUCGAUGAUGGACCUUUCGGUGGUUCCGCAGGACGUCGACGUGGAGGAGGAUGGCUGGAAGUCCGUGCUACCAGUGCAAGUGACGCGGUCGGACUCGGAUCCAGACAGCCCCUACCAGAGCCGCGUCUCUGUGCUGCGCAAGUCCAACUUCAUCCUGCCGAGCCGCCUCUCCCUCUGA